AUGUCGACGUCAGCUCAGACCCAGUCCGAGGCCAGGGUCAUACUAGACGAGUUCGCUUCUGUACCCCCAGAGGAUGUGACCAUGAAGGUUGCGGGAUCGAAUCCGACCUCCACCAUCGUCCAGGCGGCCAAGUCCAAUGCGCCGGGAUGUCAGAGGUGCGGCUGCUGCAGACAACCAGGUCGCAAGCGGAACGGGUGUUCGUGCACGGGAGGCCAGACCCACCCGUGUCGGCUGUGGGAGGCCGGGCACCCGUCGCUGAACUUCGUGCAGAACUACCCCCUUGAUUUCAAGGCCGGCGAGCCCAGAGGUCAGUUGGCGGCGCAGGUCCGAGGUGAUCUACCUGAGGUGGAGGCGGAUGCUGUCCAAGAUCCUAAAGAGACUGGCGAACGACCCGUCCUCGGAAUCCUUCGAGAUGCUGGACGACUCACCCGAGAAGGAGAUGGCCAGCAUGAGAGGGCGCGAGUGUCCCUGACCAGCGAGGACCUGGACAUCAUGCAGAAGGCUAUCCAUCAGUACGAUCGGGACUACACGAAGGAGAUCGGCGACGACGUCUGCACGCCUCCGAAGUCUCGUCUCUCCCAGGCGGUGAUCGACCUCGGGGGAGCUGCCUGCCGAGCUGGGGUACAGAACGGGUUCGACAGGGUGACGAAGACUGGAGUGCGACGGCUUAUUCUGUGGAUUCGGCAACAUCGGCCUCGACGCAUCGUCAUGAGUUCCCCGUGCACCGCGGACUGCCAACUCCAGAACUGGAAUAAGAAGACCCCCGAGGACUGCGAACGUCUACGUAAAAAGGUGCAACAGGCUCGUCGGAUACAAGCUGGGCGCGAGACUAUCAUGUCAGUCGGGCUCCAAUUCCGUGGGACUGAGAUCGACCUGGAGCAGCCGCAGAGAUCUCAUAGCUGGGGACGUUCGGAGGCACUGAAGCGCAUCAGGGAGCAAACCUACGAGACGCUGGUAUCUGGCUGUGCUUACGGCCUUCGCUGCCCCCGCCGCGGUCUCCUCUUACCCACGGUCUGGAGGAUCUGCUCUACCGACCCCGAGCUGCAGAAGGCCAUCGGCAAGCGCUGCAGUAAUGACCCUGGUCGGUAUGACAACCACGAGCAUGGUGAGAUCCUCGGGGGGAAGGUGGUAGCGGCCACCGCGUUCUACCCCGAGGCGUUGUGCAAGGCCUGGGCGAAGCACAUUCUGCGUGCCGGAGGUGGUACUACAGCUGGAACCUCAGCUCUCUUGGCGACGGACCAGGACACUGACGAUGGCAUAUUCGAGGGCAUCGACGAAGACGGCGAUCAGGAGAUGGAGGAACCGCAGGCGUCAGACGAGGAGCUCGACGAGGAUGACCUCAGGGAGCUCUCCAAGGACGGCGGCGCGCUGAGCACCAAGGAGGCCCAGGAGAUAGAGCACCGCCUCAGCCGACUUCAUCGCAAUCUGGGUCACCCCAGCGUCCGAACCAUGUUCAAGAUUCUCAAGAACUCGGGCGCGAGCAUCCAGGUUCUGAAGAUGGUCAAGGAGUUUAAGUGCCACGCCUGCGACUCCUCGGUGCUGCCGAAGGCCGUCAGAACGGCUGCUGGCAUCGACAUUCCCGAGGUCUUCGAGGUGAUGGGGAGUGACGGUCUCGAGUGGACCGACCCUGUUGACGACGCGACCUACUUGUUCACGCUGAACCUUGACGAGGGGUCGGGACUCACGCAGAUCUUCAACCACGGCGACAAGUCCCAGAGGUCCGGCAACCGAUCAGCAGCGGACCUCCUCGAGACCUGGAGAUCGUGGACAAAUGACUACCGCACUCCUCGCCUCAUUCGCUGCGACGCUGAGGGAUGUCAUCGAGCUGAACUUACCAAAAGCUGGUGCAGUGCGCGCGGGAUCGAGAUGUUCAUCGCUCCUGGUGAAGCGCACUGGCUAAUGGGCAAGGUUGAGCGCCGGAUUCAGCUGUUCAAGCGGACUCUCACAAAGUUCAGGAAACAGAAUCACGACUGCGACAUCGACGAGGCCAUCAGCCAGGUCACGCAUGCGAUCAACGAUCUUGACAAGGUCGGGAACCAUUCACCCUUCGUACACGCCUUUGGUACUGGAGGCCAUGGGGGCUCAGGCAACCCCUUUGCCAUCGUGGAAGACUGCAACGGAGAGUCCCGGGAGCAGAGGCGACUUCUGGCACGUCAGAGCUUCAUCGAGGUGGAGUGCUCAGAGACCAAGACGAUCGGAUGGACGGAGAAGCUGCUGAACCUGAUCCCUUGGACGGACGUGCGGAACCAGCCGGGCAAGCCUACAGUCGAAAACAACGACGAGGAGCUCUUCUCCCGGAUCACCUUCGACGGGAACCGGGACGGCACCGACUUCGAGCUGAUCGACGAGAACAUGACAGCCUACUUCGAGAUGGUCAAGUCCGAACUUGCGAACAGCCAGGGCGGACGUCGUCUCACUUCUCAGACCCUGGACUGCUUCGUUGCCAACCAGAAGCGGAAGGAUAAGAUCGAGUUUCACUGGGGAAAGCUUUCCCCCUCCGAGAAGGCCGAGUUCCGAAAGGCCAUGGCGAAGGAGGUAAAGGACCCUGCGGAAGUGAUCAGGUGCCGCUGGGUACUGACGCGCAAGAGCGAUGGGGCCGCGAAGGCGCGCCUCGUCCUCCUCGGCUACCAGACCAAGGACAUCGGACAGAAGCCGGCUGCCUCACGAACGGCCUCGCGCCGCGCUCGGAAUCUACUCCUCACGGUCGCGGCCGCCAACUCCUGGACCAUCGUCAAGGGCGACGUGACCAGCGCGUUCCUGCAGGCGAACGACCUGAAGAAGGAUCUCUUCGUGGAAGCCGACAAGGCGCUAUCUGCUGAGUUUGGUGUGCAACCUGGCCAAGUGCUACGCGUGGUGAAGCCAGGCUACGGCAUCGGCGAGGCCCCUCGCAAAUGGUGGCAGACGGUGAAGCAGGAUUUCGCCAAGCUGGGACUGCAAGCGUGCGAUCUCGAACCUUGUCUGUGGAGUUUACGCUGUCCUGAGACCAAGGCGCUGCUGGGGCUCAUCAUGUGCCACGUGGAUGACUUCAUUCUCUGCGGUGACCGAGACCAUCCUGCAUGGCGGAAGGCGCUGAAGAGCAUCAAGGGCCUCUACACGUGGGGCACCUGGGUAGACAUGGACGACGGGAUCGACUCCAUCGAGCAGCGCGGCGUUGCGAUCGCGAGGAAUGAGAAGGGUUUCUUCCAGCACCAGCAGGGCUACAUUGACAAGCUGAAGGAGAUCUUCCCGAAGUACCCGAAGGCCAAGAGCGGCGACCGACUGACCGAGGCAUGCGACUUUACCGUCUUGGACUGGGGAUCUCGCAAGCUCAAGCGGGUUGCCAGGUCCAGCCUGUCCGCAGAGAUCCAGGAGGCCAGCGACGCGGAGGGCAAGCAUAUUAUGGUGCGCUUGGUGCUCUAUGAGGUGCUCUUUGGCUCAAUCGAUCUACGUAACCGUGCUGCUGCUCUGCAUCACAUCCCAGGAGCUCUCGUGACGGACUGCAAGGCGUUCUACGACGGCGUUGUGAAGUCUGAGUCGGCCGGCUUGGGCCUCGAUGAAAGGAGGACGGCCAUAGAGGCGCUCGCCUUGCGCCGGGCCCUCGAGGAGGGCGAGGCGAUCGUGCGCUGGGUGCACAGCCAUGCACAGCUGGCCGAUGGCAUGACCAAAGCCAGCCAGCAGGCCUUCAACGUGCUCCACUCUUUCCUGAAGAGCCAGCGCUGGAAGAUCGUUCACGACGAAAGGUUCUUGUCGGCUCGCAAACGGUCAGCCCUUGGUAAAGGGAUCUUCGACGAGACGACCGAGACCGACCACAGCGAGGCCAAGAAGAUCCUGGAAGGCAGGAGGCGGGUCCAGCCCCCUGCGAGCGACGUGGCCACGGCCGGUGCCACGCACGACAAGCUCGAGCAGAUCUCCUUUCCCCCUGUCUGA